AUGUCACGAAAAAGCAUUCGAUCUUCCGCAGCGUCAACAUUUGUUCGUAAUCUCCAUUCACUUGGUUUCAAACCACCGCGCAACAGCAAAUGGGUUGUCAAUCAACAAACAUUUACAGUCAAUGCUGACAGUAUUAAAGCAUUCGAACAUGUCAGUUAUUUCCUGUUCAGUAUUCUUGACAAAAAGAAGGUAAAAUCAACCUUUAGGGAAGUUUGGCCUAUUACAAACAUAGAAAAAUCACGCGAAUACCGUCGACUUGCUUUUAAAUGGUUAAAGGAUAUUCAACCAGGUACUCAUUUAGUGAAUGCACCUUUAAGAGUAAGCUAUUUUACAGAUUGUCGGGGAAAACCCUUCAACCAAAUCAUCUCAGCUUUCACUGCUCUUGCGAUGGACAAAAAUCCAAACUAUAAUACAGAUGUUGCUACGAACGAUUCAUAUUCAGCCAAAACAGCCCAAGAUUCUAAGCCACACACAGCAGGCAAAAGAUCUACAAUAGACCUUCCUCUUACAACUGAAGUGUUGCCUCGAAAGAAAACAAGAACACAGUCUCCAGUGGAUUUACCCAAAUCAUCUUUGAAUGCAACACCACGGACAUGCCCCCAAGCAGUAUCACAUAGUCAUCCAUUACAAAAUUUACCGGCCCUUCUUAUAUCCGUGCCAUCUUCUUCCAAACCAAAAACAUCACCCACCUUUAAUCCACAUACUCCAUCAGGAGUACGUUCUUUAAUAUCAUCAUCAUUACCAUCAUCAAAGGAUACAGCAUCAUCCCGAGCAUAUCAAACACCACCAUCAAACACAGAUGUUUUAUUGUCUUCAAAAUCUGAUGAACUAGCAUCCUCAACAAAUAAUCAUCUGCCACACCCAACAGAAUCUCCUUUUCCGCCGUGA